AUGAAGAUGACACAAAAUAAAGACACUCGUGAUUGGACCAAAGACGGAGUACCAAAAGAACCAGGAGACUUCAUUGCUGACUCAGGAAUAACUGAUGUAGUGAAGAAUUUGGAUUCUCCUACCCCGGGAAAACUACUUCAGCUUUUUUUCACCGACGCUGUAUUAGAAGACAUAGUACAAGGAGAAAUAAGACAUCAUAUCUCAAAUGUUUCGACUAAUAUUCCAAAUGAACGCAGACAAUAUGGCAAUUUAUAUUUUUUGGAUACUGAACUGGCAAAUCAACUUCGGUCUGCUGGCCCACAAAAUCGAGCAGAAUUAAAUCGAGAAAUCGUCGACCUCAUCUCUAAUUACUUGUACAAUCACAAUCCAUUUGCUCAAGCAUAUAGAUUUCUUAAGGAUGUCUAUCAACAACAACAACAAAGCAAUCGUCAUCCAACAUUGGAAUUGUACAUCAAUAACAACCGUGCUCGGGAUAUUAAUUUCAGACAAUAUGGCGCGGUACAGGCCAAUGAAAUAGCAGCCGUAUUUAUUUCUGAAGAUGGGAGACCGCCCCUGGAUCGUUGUUUACAUGUUUAUUGUCGAGACAACGACCAGACUAUCCACAAAUUACCAUAUCUUAGCGUCAAUUGCGAUGCAAUGACCUAUCCUCUAUUACAUCCAAGACGUGAAGCAGGAUGGCAGUCUAGAACACCACAUCAAAAUAGAAGAGGCUAUAUAUCGUUACUGGAAUAUUAUAGUUUCAGAAUAGCUGUUCGACCAAAUACCUUCAACCAAUUUGUAAUGGCAGGCAAGCUGACACAACAGUACAUCGUAGAUGCAUACGUAAAAAUCGAACAGAGUCGACUACAAUUUAUUACUGAAAAUCAACCACGUAUUAGGCAAGAAAUAUUUCAAGGAUUAAUCAACUAUUUAGACUCGAGACAAUUAGAUGUUCAUUAUCAAUCAGGAAAUAUUUUCAUCUUACCGUCGACAUUCAUAGGAAGUCCACGCGCAUUUAGACAAAACUAUUUGGAUGCCAUGUCUAUAGUCACAAAACACGGGAAACCAGAUAUUUUCCUAACAUUUACUUGCAAUCCUGCAUGGCCUGAAAUCAGGAAUAACUUAGAUGCAAAUCAAUAUUCCUCAAAUAGACCUGAUUUUGUAUCCAGAGUGUUCAAGAGCAAAUUAAAGGAAUUAAUAGAAGAUAUUGAUAAACGACAUAUUAUGGGAGUUUGUGUUGCUUACGUUUACGUAAUAGAAUUUCAGAAAAGAGGACUCCCGCAUGCGCAUAUGUUGAUUUGGUUAGAAGAAUCAGACAAAAUAUUGGACCCUGCAGCAAUCGACCGUUUAAUUUCAGCAGAAUUUCCCGACCCUAUCGCGCAUGCCAACUUGUACGAAUUGGUCAAAGUACAUAUGCUUCAUGGACCUUGUACCAGUGCUCGAUGCUUAGAUGAAGAAGGACAUUGCAGCAAACAAUUCCCGAAAUCGUUGCGUGAAGAUACCUUAUACAAUCCCUCUGGAUAUCCGUUAUAUAAAAGACGGCCAAUAGAAACACCUAUACAUAUAGGUCGAAGAACAGUAGAUACUGGUUGGGUUGUACCAUAUAACGCUUAUCUACUUGAAAAAUAUGAAGCUCACAUUAACGUGGAGGCUUGCUCUUCAAUGAAAAGCGAUUUGAUAGAGCUCAAAUUGUCGUACGAACCGGAAGCAGACGGCCAAUCAACAACUAUCCAGGAACCUAUGUACAACGAAAUUCAAAUGUUUCUGGACGUUCGCUAUGUUAGCGCGCCUGAGGCGAUGUGGAGGAUUUAUACAUUCGAAAUGCACGAUGUGUCUCAUGCUAUUAUCAAACUCUCUGUACAUCUUCCGAAUAUGCAACAAGUCUAUUUUAAUACAAAUAGUACCAUUCCUGACGUCGUAGAAAGGGCCGCAACACAACACACUACGUUAACAGGAUGGUUCGCCUUAAAUACCCAAGAUGAAGAAGCUAGACAAUACACAUACGUACAGAUACCUUAUAACUAUGUGUGGAAAAUAACACAAACAAGAAUCUGGGUAAAACGUCAACGUCAUUUUAAUCGUAUAAUUCCUAGAUUAUAUUUUGUACAUCCUAGAGAAGGCGAAAGAUUUUAUCUUCGCCAACUUCUUUUGCAUAAAACAGGAUGUAGAUCAUUCGAAGACAUUCGUACUGUACAUGGCCGUACGUACGAAACGUUCCGUGACGCUGCUAUUGCGAUGAACCUUCUCACGGACGAUAGUAUUUGGUUCACCACGUUGCAAGAAGCUAUACACGUACAACUUCCACGAGCUCUUCGUCGUAUGUUUUCACAGAUGUUGCUGUUUUGUGAAAUCGAAAAUCCAUUAGCAUUAUGGAAACAAUUUAAAUAUCAUUUAUCUGAAGAUUAUAUACGACGCUUAAACGAUAACGACCUAGCCUACAACUAUGCCUUGGCUUACAUCAAUCGAUACCUAGCACUACAAGGCAAAUCAAACAGAGACUUUGAACUGCCCUUACCCACUGAACCAGUAGAACACCUAAUCAAAGAUGAAUACGAUUAUGAUCAAGCAGAAGAACAAGAAAUUGCUAAUAGGAACAUUCCCCUGUUAAACCAAGAGCAACGACGUAUUUUUACCGAUAUACUUUUAGCCGUAAACGAAAAUGAAAGAGUUUCACAUCGUCUUUUCUUUAUUAACGGAAUUGGAGGUGCAGGAAAAACAUUUCUAUUGAAUACACUACUGGCUUACCUACUAUGAAAUAAUCACCGUUACAUUGCUAUGUGUUAUACAGGUAUCGCAGCCAGCUUACUGAAAAAUAGCCAAACAAUUCAUUCUGCUUUUAUGUUACCGGUUCCAUUUCUAGAAAAUUCUACGUCAAGGAUUCGCAAUCAGAGUGCGAUUGCUGAUAAUAUUAGAUAUUCAAAAAUUAUUGUCAUUGAUGAAAUAUCGAUGGUACAUAAAAGUAUAUUUAAUGAAAUAGAUAUUAAGAUAAGAGAAAUAAUGAACAAUGACAUUCCAUUUGGCGGCAAGAUUAUUGUAAUUCUAGGCGAUUUCAGGCAAUGCGCUAUCGUUCCAUUGGCCGGAAAAAAUGAAACUAUUUCUGCAUCAGUGAAAUGUUCCCAACUAUGGCAACACUUUGUUCAGUACGAUCUUCUUACGAACGUUAGAGCACUGCCACAGCAAAACGAAUUCAAAGAUUGGCUUAUGACCAUAGGAAAUAAUUCCGAAAUUUUACGUCACUUAGAAAAUGGCAGAGAUACUAUAGUCAAAGUUCCUAACCAUAUUAUUGUAGACAAUGUUACUGAAAGCAUUUACGGUAGCAAUUUAAUUGAACACGAUUUCACACUAUUACAAAAAGCGAUUUUGUCUCCGUUAAACAUUCAUGUGAAAGAUAUCAAUGCAGUUGUUUUAGAAAAACUGCCAGGCAGAUCACGACAAUAUCUAAGUGUUGAUAGUAUUAUCCGAGAAGACGAUACAACUGAAAAUGCUGCUGAUGAUUUAGAUUCCGCAUGGCCACAAGACUUUUUAAAUUCUUUGGAUGCUCCAGGACUUCCUCCCCACAUUCUUACACUAAAGAUUGGUGCAGUUAUCAUUUUAACGAAGAAUUUAGAUGUAAAGAGAGGUUUAUGUAACGGCACA